UGUUGGUGGCAUUUGUUUUUUAUUCGCGUUCUAUUUUUGUGUGUGACGGUUCCGUCCAGCGAAAGAAUCUAUUUUCCAAGUAAUUUUGAUGAUUUUCGUGUAGAUCAUCGAAAUACGUUGAAGAAAUCUCCUGAUUGCGGUAAAUAAUCACAAUGCAGAACGGAGACGGUACGCCGACGGCCGCGGAUACCACCAAAAAGACACUGCCCGAGGAGGUGACGAAACAGUCGUACCGGCUGCAAGUAUGGCGCCACUUGGAGACGAGCGGGCUGGCUAUGUUCCCGCGCCCCGUCUACAACCGCAUCCCGAACUUCAAGGGCGCGGCGGAGGCGGCGGCGAAGUUGGCCGAACUGGACGUGUUCAAGAACGCCACCACGGUUAAAGUGAAUCCGGACAAACCGCAGGAGCCUGUGCGGUCAGUAUGACUUACUAAAUCGUUUAUUGUAGG